UGCAUGGACUUAUACCUGUCCAAUGAUGGGUUUUGAGGACCAGAGUUUCCGGCUGGUCGUGGUCAAGACCAGCCUGGGAGUCCCGAGUGCGCCCUUUUUAUGAUCUAAAUGGUGAGGAAGCUAAAUGUGAGGGCACUGGCUGCAGGAAGUCAUGAUGGUGCUUUACGAAGGACCGCGGCUCUUGGACUUUGCAAAGGCUCCUGCUCACCUUCAGUUCAACAAAUAUGUCCUGACGGGUUACCGGCCGGUGUCCACAGCCGAAGAGUGCGUCAGGAGCCUCUUCUACAUGCACAAUGAGCUGGGAAACAUCUACACACACGGAAUUCCUUUCUUCCUUUUCUUGGUGCUGCUACCUUUUAGUAUCCCCUGGAAGGAGGUGGACAGCAUCUGGAUAUGUGUUGUCCACUAUCUGGCCUGCCUCUGUCCCACCAUGGGAUCAGUGGUCUACCAUUUGUUCAUGAACCACGUGGGAGGAGAACACGUGUACGACACGCUGCUCUCCCUGGACAUGGUCGGCGUCUGCCUAGUUAACACCCUCGGGGCAAUUCCUAUCAUUUAUAUCACCCUCCUCUGCUACCCAAUCGUGCAACAGACUGCCUUGCUGGUCUAUAUCCUCCUGUCAGCCCACGGGAUCUACUGUGCCACCACUGCCCGCACUAACGUCCGGCGCCUGCGAUCGUUUGUCUGGCAGGCCUUGUUCCGUUUCAGCCUCUUCCUGUUUCGGGUUUAUGGCAGCGGGGUAGGAAGCCCAAAUUCCCUGCGUCUCUUUGUCAUCAUGGACUGUCUAGCUUUACUGGGAGGGCUUGUCAACAUUGUCCAGAUCCCUGAGCGCUUCAAGCCAGGAUUGUUUGACAACUGGGGCAACAGCCACCAGAUAAUGCAUGUCAUGGUUAUCUGUUCAAUUAUCUACCUACACUGGGGCACACUGGAGGAUUUAGCCUGGAUUAAGAGCUACCAGUGUCCUGCUGAGUGAUGCCAAGUGCAGCUAGUUCACGCAUGCUUGCAGUCAAGGCUACACUUGAAUUUAGCAUUCAGUGAGGGCGGAGCAUAUGGAGGGCCGAAACUGCCAAAAUCAAUACUCUAUAGAUAUAUAUUAAAAUAUUAAAGAAAUAUGCUAUUAACUGCCCAAAAACAACUACUAUAAAUUAAUAUAGCCAUUAAUACGUUUAUAAAAUCUGAUAUAAAAAUAAAUGAUUUGAUUUAUUUCCAUAUUUACAUUUGUAUUCCCCCAUUUAUUUACCUUCCCAUUUAAUUUUCAAUGUAUAAUUUUUCUAAUUACCUAACUUGUCGAUUUAUUUUUAUUUUCUGGCUAGCUACUUUACCUAGCUUUAGCUAACCCCACCCUAGCUAACGUAACUACCCUAGCUAACUUAGCUAGCCUAUCUAAAGUAGUUAGCUUUAGUUAGAAGUUACCUUCACACUUUUUUUAAUCACAGCCCCUUAUUCAGAUAAUGAAGCAGAAGUGCUUUACUACUUUACCUAGGUUUAGCUAACCCCACCCUAGCUAACGUUAGCUAACCCUAGCUAAAUAAUUAAAUACUAAUGUGUAUAAAAUAAUAAGGUUGACAAAUGCAAAGGGGGAAAAAAGUGCCCACAAAAAAACAAACAAACUAUUCUUUCUUAAAUGUAACAUUUACAUAAGAAGCUAAAUUAAAUGGGAAAGUCAAUAAAUAUGAAGUUAAUAUACAGAAGCAAAUUGUGUUUUUUUUCUUAAAAAGUUACAUUUAAAAAUGCACUUUAGUCCUAGCUGCUGAAAUUCUUCACAGGGGAAGUUCAUAAUUUGACAUUUUGCCAAAGAAGAAUAAGAGGAACCUACAGUGUUCUAACUGUAAAUCACAUCAUUGCAUCUAAUUGAAAAUCCUGAACAUACUUGAUUUAUAGAAGUCGAUAUGCAGUAGUUUGGGGUGUAAUGCCCUUAAAUAGUUUUUUAAAUGAAAGAAAAAAAUAACUGUGAGAAAGAAAAUAUCUAUUUUUAUAUCUUGGUCCAAUCUGUAUUUAACCCAUGAAUGGUGAUAACAGAGAGAAAUAACAGGAGUAGUUGCAUGCUUCUGCUGUUUAAUUGCAAGAAAGAUAUAUUGUAUGUACACUUGACUCAAGAAGUCACUGAUUUUGCUAUCAUUUAAAAUGAAUGUUUUUUUUGUGACUUGGCAAAAAAAUGUUAGAUUCAUCUUACUGCCCUUCUUGUGAAUUGAGGAUUUUCUGUCUUUAGCUUAAUGUGAACCUUUCAGAUAAACUGUCACCUUCAAACCAAAACCAUCAAAACUGCAUCAAAAUAAAGUGAAUUUAUGGCCACUUUAGAAAAUCAGGCAUGUUAAUUUGAUUUGUAAAAGAUGUGGCUGUUACAGAGGUGGAAUUUCUCACGACUCAUUGUUUUAUAACACACUGAACAUUCCCAUGUUUAUCUGCAAAACUGGAGGGGGGGGGUGUAUCGGAAGAAGUCUGGGGUGUUUGUGUGGAUCAGUCUUCAUCUGAGCUACUGUUGUCCUCGGCGUCUGAAAGGUCGGCGAUGGGAAACCGCAAUAUGGCAGCCACCCCGCUCAGCUGAGUCAGUUCUGGUGAGACAGUCCAGAAUAAAUCAAAAGGUGACACAUCCUGUACUGCAGACUGGCUUUAUAUUUAAUUAUAAAAAUGCAAUCGGUGCAGUUGUAGCACAAAUUUUUGACUUCUUAUUUGAGUAAGACAUCAAUAAAGAGUGAGAUUAUCACUUUA